UUGUUGAUAUUAAUUGGAACAAAAUAUCAGUGGAUUGUUGUUGCUUUAAAAGAAACCAACGAAUACAAUUUAGAAUUAACUGACGAACAACGUGAACUGUACGGUGUUAUUAGAAAAUUUGUGAAAGACGAAAUUAUUCCAAAAGCAGCUCACUAUGAUCAGACAGGGGAAUUUCCGUGGCCAAUCAUUAAGAAGGCUCACGCAAAUGGAUUCAUGAAUACAGAUAUACCAACUAAAUAUGGUGGAAUAGGUAUUGAUCCUAUAUCAAGCGUCAUACUAUAUGAAAGUAUAGCUUAUGGUUGUUCGGGAAUAGGAGCGGCAAUGCUUACAAAUGAGUUGGCCGCUACACCAAUCAUAAUUGGAGGUAGUGAAGAACUUAAAAAAAAGUAUCUUCCCAGGUUUAUUAAGGAUCCAAUUAUGGCAUCAUAUGCGGUUACUGAACCUGGUGGAGGUUCUGAUGUUGCUGGAAUCAAAACUCGAAGUGAAAAAAAGGGUGAUGAGUGGAUUAUAAAUGGCUCAAAAAUGUGGAUAACAAACGGCGGGCAUGCCAAUUUCUAUUUUGUACUUACCAGAAGCGAUCCAGAUCCUAAAGUUCCUGCUAGUAAGGCAUUCACUGGAUUUGUUGUUGAUAGUGAUACACCAGGAGUGAUAAAAGGAAAAAAGGAAAUUAUGCUGGGACAAAGAACGUCAGAUACAAGAGCGAUUACAUUCGAAGACGUUCGCGUACCUGCCUCAAAUGUUGUUGGCGAACCGGGAGGUGGUUUUGUAAUUGCUAUGAAAACUUUUGAUAAAACAAGACCAAUGGUCGCUGCUAUGGCAAAUGGUGUAGCGGCGCGAUGUCUCGAUGAGGCCACCAAAUACGCACUGGAGCGUAAAGCUUUCAAGCAAGAAAUUGCCAACUUCCAGGGUGUUUCAUUCAUGUUAGCGGAAAUGGCGAUGCAUUUGGAACUGUCACGAUUGAUGGCUUUCAAGGGUGCUUAUGAACUUCAUGUGGGACGUCCAGGUUCGUACUAUUCAUCAAUUGCCAAGUGUUUUGCUGCAGAUACAGCUAUGGCAGCCGCUUUGAACACUGUGCAGAUUUUCGGAGGUAACGGCUAUUGUACUGAAUAUCCAGCAGAAAAACUAAUGAGAGAUGCUAAAAUAUUUCAAAUUUAUGAGGGUACCAGUCAAAUUCAACGUCUUGUCAUUGCUCGACGAUUAAUAGAACGAUCAGUAAAUACUGGAACAGCUUCAGCAACUCUAUGA